AUGUUUUCAUCUGUUCAGUCUCCACAGCACGACCAGCACGGCCGGCCAAUCUAUGGACAACCGCCCAGCCAGAUGCCUCAAUCAAUGUACUACACGCCCUACGCUUCGGCGCCAGUUCCCCAACAGUCACCCUACCAGCAGCACCCUUCAAGCGCGCCACAGCAACCAAUGGCGACGCAAUCGCUGCUCAUGUCCCACCAGCAAAACCAGCAGAUGCAGCAUCAGCAACAACAACAACAUCAGCAGCAUCAUCCCCAAACUCCUGGAAUGACGGGAAGCCCCAAGUCGCGCAUGUCGCAGACGCCACUUCAACGGCCACCGUCAGGACUCGGCCCGCCUCAAGCUCCGCCUCAAGGCCCUCCCGUCGGCACCCCCAACAUGCACGCUGGCCCUCCCGGAGGACCCAACGUCAACCCUAAUGCCGCGCCUGGUCCCAUUCCUGCCACCACUCCUCUUGUUGUGCGACAAGACCAGAAUGGUGUGCAAUGGAUCGCGUUUGAGUACUCUCGCGACAGGGUCAAGAUGGAGUACACCAUCCGCUGCGAUGUCGAGUCUAUCAAUGUCGACGAGCUGCCGCAAGACUUCAAGACCGAGAACUGUGUAUACCCUCGCGCUUGCUGCGCCAAGGAUCAAUACAAGGGCAACCGUCUUCACUACGAGACUGAAUGCAACACCGUCGGCUGGGCACUGGCGCAGUUGAACCCUUGCCUUCGCGGAAAGCGUGGUCUCAUCCAGCGCGCCGUCGACAGCUGGAGGAACAGCAACCAAGACCCCCGACUAAGGAGCCGACGCGUGCGCAGAAUGGCCAAGAUGACCACAAGGAAAGCCCAAUCGGCUAACCAUGGUAACCACAUGGCUGGACCAGGUGGACCAGGUGCUCCUGGCGUUCCCAACUCUGCCGGAUUAGCAGCACCGCCCCGACAACCGAACAUGGGCAUGGGCGGCCCUCAGAUGCACCAUCACCAUGAUGGACCUGGAGGGCCCCACGGAGGACCAGAUGACGUUAGCGCGCCAAACGGUCAAUCAUCAUCACCUACCGACGGGCGGCCCGCUCAGAGCUUCUACCCGAAUUACCCAUCGAGCGACUCCGUCGCAGGCUCCAGCGGCAUGCCGCCGAUCCACGACAGCCUGAGCCACCCUCCGCCUCCAUCGCACGCAGCGGGUGUGCCCGUUUCAAAGCAGCAAGAGCAAGACGAAGAAGAGCGAAAGCUAGCCAUGUUUGGCGACUUACCUGACUCGAAGCGCCGCAAAUUCAUCCUUGUAGAUGAUGCGCAACGAGGAACUAGGGUUCGCGUGCGAGUUACUCUCGACACGGUCAAGAUGGAGGAAAUGCCUGAUUCUUACCGCAAGUCCAACUCGGUAUUCCCUCGUAGCUAUUUCGCCAUGCAAAUGACCUCUCCACCUGCCAGCCCUCGUGGCAGCAAGGUCUUUGCUGACGAGCCCGAUGUUGAGAGCGACCCGAGCUUCCCUCUGGCUGGCUCUACUGUUGUGCCUGUUCCAACGCUGGAUGGCGAGACUCGUGUGCCGAAGCCGCGUCUUACUCGUGCGAAGCGGUCGAAGGAGAUUACGCUCAACGAUCUUGGUUACCGCAUGAGCUGGAGCCAGAGUCGUGUUUUCGCAGGAAGGACAUUGUUUCUGCAAAAGUCUCUUGAUGCCUACCGCAACAAGAUGAGAAGUAGCAUGAUGGGCCAAGGUCAAGAUGUGACCCAAGUAGCCCCACAUUUCGAGACUCGCGUUGGAAAGAGGCGGUGGAACGAGAGAAUCGAGAAGAGCAAGAAGGCGAGGCGCGAUGGCUCUCCUUAA